CAUUUAAACGUAUCUAAUUUACGGUUAUGCAAACGAAAUUACGGUCAGAACACAGAAACGGAUUAAAUUCACAAUUAAAAUUAUGUUUUUUCUGAGUUCUUGUAAACAAUGAUUCUGAAUAAUUGUAGGAUACAGCUAACGAUGAACGGAUAUCAAUAAAAUAGAACGAAGUGCCAAACUACGGUUGAUAAAUGCAACGGAUUCAGAUAGCGUAAACGUCACAAUUAUUAUUUUCUUAGCACGGCGGGGUCAUCGAGAAAAUAAACACAUUCACAGUGCAGAAAUGGUUUUAUCGUAGUUUAUCGUUAAUCGAAACAUUUUAUCCGCACUUCGGGAAGUCCAUCAGCCUGUGGUUUACGUUUUCUGAUGCAUAGGUAAAGCCACAACUAGUGGGAUUUUCCCUAAUCAACCAGAGCAAAUCACACAGACUGGUAGAAUAAGAAGAAGCAGUUAUUCUGGAACGAAGCGCGCAAACAAUCGUAGUGGCAAAUGGUGAAAAAAAAACUACCAAAAGUGCUGUGUUGUGUGUGGUAAUGGUGCAUUGUCUUUGGGUUGCGAGCAGAAAAGCAUAUUUUCUUGCAAUCUGCCGAUUGUGAAUCCCAUUCCAGUAUGUAUGCAUUUCCUAUGCACAUUGUGUAGUUCCGUUUCGAAACAGGCAGAAAGACAGCCCGUCGUCGGGUAUGGUUGUGUCCGUGCAAACUAGCGACUCCGAACGUCAGUUCGCGCUUGUGUGCGUGUGAGUGCGUACUUUAUGAUGACCUCCCCAAAUGCACAUACACAUACACAGGUGGUGUAAAGCCGUGCCGGAUCGGAUAAUGCUGAACAGUGCGAGGUUGUUUCUCUCCAGCAGAAGUAGAAACCUUCUAUGUGCAAUUAUGCCAAAAAAUUAAAACAAGGAAACGUUAGAUCCUGCUACGGCGAAAGAUUGUUCACGUUGGUUCGCAGUGUUGGUGCACGUUGAAUGAAAAGUGAAACAAAAUCAAGAAAAAGAAAGCGCGAAAAGUUCGUUGCAUACGCGGACUGGUGACGAUACUUCGACGAUUUGGAAAGGAUAAGAUCCUUGUUUAUUGCCAGGAAAAGCGUUGAAAGUGCCUCUCGGGUGGUAGCUGCUUAUAGGCAGUGAAGCUUUUAAUUAGUUUUGUUCUGUGUAAGUGUGCGCAAAUAAUAUUAUUUGGUUGAAGUGCGUCGACAUGCAAUCCAUCCUAAGAACAAUUAGCUAUCCGUCAAUGAAAGCGCAGUUAAUGUGAAACCUGGCAAGCAAUGGAAGAGUAUAAUAUUCUGAAGCAAUUUUCAACUUUGCACGUAUAUGAAGUGCAGCUCCUAUUUGGAACAACAAAUCUUUUAAGGAAGACAGCAGCUGUAUCACGGAACGGAGACAAGCCACACGCGGAAACGUUUGAUGUUCGCCGUUAGCGCAUAAGAUGAACAGUGGCGAAAGCAAUCGGGCAGAAAUUGAUGAACCAAGAAUUCAGCGAGAUAAACAGAAGCAACAAGUAUCAACGAUCGUUAGUGAGGCUACACUACAAGCAGCACGCACUGUGGAGCAGCCGGGGCAUUACUAUAGCAACCAUCUUCAGCAUCAGCAAGCGCAAGAUACAAACGCAAAUGGUGAAUGGACAACAGUGGUACGAUCGCACGUUGGAACAAAUAUUGAGCAUGAUGCUAACGCAAUUGUAAUGGAUGGUUCUUUUCAACAGCACCAGCACGCAAAUAUCAAUAAAAACUGUAUUACCGCAGACCAGAAACCAUCGGACUGGCUACAAGGACAUUCCCUUCAAGCAGCAGUGCUUCAUGCGGGAUUGAACGUUACAGCGGAAAAGUAUGUGGAAAACUCCAAAGCGAUCGCUUUAACGGAUGGUAACGGCGUACUCGAACCAAUCGAGCCGCUGCACACAACGAAGGUGUUGGAAAGGUGUAACAGUAUCGAGAAGGUUCCCGAUAAAGGACGGACCAGUAACGUCAUGCGCGAUCCUCAGGAAUCUCAACAUCGGUCUGCUCCGACAGCACCACUCGGUGAAAUCGAAUCAGGCGAGGACGACAACGAUUGUGUAGUUGUUCCGGCCACCGAACGGAAGGUGGAACCGUUGAAAAUUAAUCUAGCACGCGAUCGGGAACCGCUCCGAACGGUCAUAAAGCUUACGCCCGGGGCAAGCUCUACGCCGGACAGUUACCAGCAACUGUCACCGACCAUCCGUGACGUACCCGGUUCGCCGAAGAUUACAAUUAAGCCCCCGAAACCACCUCAAACAGUAGAAAAUUCGUUGGUGGGGUUGGCAGGAUCAUCCACGUCCUCGACAUCUUCAUCGCUCACGAGUGCGGAACAGCAUCACACCAAUAAUUGUGCCGGUUCCGUUACGGCCUUACCAUCGUAUAGCAGCAUUCCAAAGCUUACCAUUAAGCCGAUCAUCAAUCCGGCCGAUGAUACGCUAGUCUGUGAAACGGCGUCAACGGUGGGCACGGCAGCGUCGGUAGAGCAAAUGCAUAUUAUUCCUAAGUUACUCAUCAAGGGUUCCGUUUCCUCGUUGGAUGCGAGUCGGGAUGGAUCGAUCGAACCACACAUUGUGCCUAAACUAACUAUACGUGGCGUAAAUAACCACAACCACCAUCACCAUCAGCAGCAGCAGCAACAACAACAUCACUUUGGCCAGAGCCAGUUGGAAGCACAGGUUUACUCUAACGAUGGUCUAGCAUCUGCCAUACUGCUGAAUGAUGGUUCGGUUGGUGGUCGGGGCGAAAGCAGCGGGACGGGUUCGCCAACGCCACUGGUUCCAAAGUUAACUAUAAAAAUGGAUAACCACCAUCCUCAUCAUCAUCAUCACCAUCAUCAUCACAACAGUUUGCGUGUGAAAGAUGUCCCAGAUGUUGCUGAUGGAGGAGGGGGAAGUGUGGUCGGUGGUCCAAUUCCGAAGCUGCACAUAAAAACGAUCCAACCGGAUGGAGUUGGCCCUUCCACGGGCAUACAUAAUUCUUCGUCUUCGAGCGGAAACUGUAGCACCUCCACCGCAGGUUUGCCUCCGGUUCUGACAAGUUCGGAAGGCGUAAAGCUUACGAUAAAGCCGCUUCCGGAACCGCCGAAGCUACCGAAGCUAACGAUCAAAACAACUGGUCUCGGAACGAUCGCGGAAACGAGUGACGUGUCGAUGGUGUCCUCGACGAGCAAUAGCUUCUCUCCCAAACUAUUGCCUUCGUCGGCCACCUGUAGCAGCAGCUCCGGUGAACAGUUGCAGCAGCAUUUGAUGUGUGGUGUUGCGGGUGUUUCUCAAUUGUUGCAGCAGCAUCAGCAACAACAGCCAGCUUCGCCAAGUGAUCAACAUUCGAACAUAAGCUCCAGCUCGAUUCCAAAGCUUACGAUCAAGCCGAUUCCCCCAAAAGAUGCAGCGUGCGUUCAAGAUUGCUCUGCAGACGGUAAUAAUCCAUUGCACAUGCGAGCCGAAUGUUCGGUAACACCUACUGUACCCAAAUUGACCAUCAAACCAAUUCUGCCACCGACAAAGCAAUCCGUAGAGGACAGUAGCAGUUCCAGUGAGAUCAGUAUUAAUUCCCUCGAAUCAUCGCCCAUCUCAUCGUCCUCGAUUUCGUCUGCUCCGGCGGCCGCGGUGGUAACAACUUCGCCACCGACAGCGUUGAGAAUGACAAUCAAAGUACCUUCAUCGGCUCCACAGCAACAGCACGAAAGUAUCCUUGCCGGAGACUCCACCAGUAUGGUGUCGACUGGAAUCGCUUCGGCUUCAUCUUCUACGAUGGCUGCGGCAACGGUUGUCACCAGGCUUAACAUUAAACCGGUCCUGCCUCCUCCAUCCAUCGCGGACGGUGGCCGCAACGAACCGAGACUUGAUGGUGUCGGAGAGCAUGGCAAAGAUCAUGCAAUGGUAACGUCUGACGAAGGCGGUUCGACUCCUACUUCGUGCGAAGAGUCCCGCAAGCCGAUCGUUAUACCGAAAGUAACGAUCAAAACCUUAGCCAACCCGCGAAGCCAGGAAACGGAGAUCAUGUCCACGCCCAAAGUGACGCUUAAACCGAUACCGAAGCCCCAAGAUGAAAUUGUUGUUACGGGAAAUCUGUUAGAACGGCAUUUGCUGCUGAACACGGGCGGGUCCUCCAUCGUGGCAAACAACGCAGGCCCCUCGGCCCCAAAUAGUAUGCCAGGUACUUCUACAUCGGUAGGAAGCGGACAGGAUGCAAUGGAUUCACCGAGAAUUAUAUUGAAAAUCAACAAGGGUUCAUCAUCGACAACGACAACGAGCGGUGGUGAGCAAUUGGAGGGCACUGGUUCGGAUAGUGGACAGAUCGUUUCUGGUCCGCCAUCGUCCGGUAGUUCAAUACUUGCGAACGAACUGAAACGACCAGCCACAAGUGCGAUGUGUGCCUCAUCUAUCCCUUCCUCCGGCUCAUCGUCGGUAUCCUGUGCUUCGUCGACCUCGGUGUCUGCAUCGGCUACAUCUUCGUCGGCAGGGUCGGAUCCUGCGUCGCCCUCUUCCGGUGGCGGUGGUGAUCAGGGUGAACUUGGAACGCACGACAUGAAAAGGAGCAAGCUGGAUCACUCACAGUCACAGCUAGCGCAUCAAAUGCAAGGCGUUCUGGGUCAUCGUCAAGACCUGAUGCUGCAGACCCAGCACCAGUAUCAGCUACAACUUCAAGCCAGAACUAACGCGGAACUGACAAGACGCCCGGUUUCAUCCGGUGUAACAAAGCCGAAAAAUGUCAGCGACGUCAUUGUGAUAGACGACGAUAGUAAAUCGGAGAACGAAACCCCAAGAGAGAAAGACGUAACGGAAUCAUCCUCUCUGCGUUUACCUUCCUCCUCUGUUGAUCCCCUAGCCAUCAACGAUGGGAUGGUGGAUCGCACGUUUUCGCCACUUGCUGACAGUGGAACAACUGCGCAGGGUAAAGCUAGACGUACCCGAGGAACACCGCGUGGUGUUGGUGCUCGCCAGUCACGGAGAGGAAAUGGUCGUAGUGCGGGAUUGGCAGUCGCUAAACAACAACAACUAGCCGCAAACGCGGCUGUAUCCCAGUUGCUAGGAUUACUCGCACAGGAUGAUCGUGAGGAAGGUUCCAGCUCGGACUGCAUGAUUGUAGAUGAACCGGCAGCGCCCGCGUCUGCCAUGCGCGAACGCUUAACGCUGGAAAAUCUUUUGCGCGGCGGAUCGAAACCCUCCGUUCCCUCGUCUGCACCGAUGAGUGGCAGCAGCUUUUAUAGCGUCCCAAUGGCCAGUGGUGGUGGUGGUGGUGGCAGCGAAGUGGAGAAAAAUGGCACUGCUAGUAAUAGUUCGAUCGGUAGUGUGACUAGUUCCGUUAGCAGUUCAGUGACAGUACCGGCAUCGACACCGGUUAUGAGCGGUCGGACGCCGGUUGCUGGAGUGCGCAUGAGUACGCGGCGUGCCGCUGGACAGCUGCUGAAAGAGGUGCUCGCCAACAAACACCAGGAUCGAGACUCCGGUGUAGACGAAGCGAGAACGGAUGGUGAGUUUGGGGCAACUCCGUCGAAGAGGCCUCGAGGCCGACCGAAGAAACAAUCGAUGGAUAUGACGCCGGAAACAAACGGUGGAGGAAACAGCAAUUCGGUGGACGGAAGCAUCGGUGGUUUGGAUGCGGCUAGUGGUAACAAUAUGCUGCUGGCGAUGGCAAUGAUGGGCAACAAAGAUGUUACUUCAUUGUUUCAAACAGAGGACAGGGGAUUACUUGGAACGCAGACCCUCAUGGAAGGAAUAAUGCCUUUGUCGAGAACACCUACACGCACACCAAGAUCGAGGGGUCGAGGCCGUGGCAGAGGAAGAGGUAAGAUGAACCUGAUGGACGCUGGAGGUGUGUUUGGUGACCCCACCUUAACCGAAUCUGAAGCAUCACCUGCAGACAGAAAUGUGGAUCCGUUGUUUAUUGGCACUCCAAAUAAUAUCGAUCCAACUACCACGGAUUCUACGCCAGGGUUUCAUCUGCUGUUUAAUCAUAUGCAAUCGCCACGCGGUGGAGCAGGUGCACGUACCCGUGGUGGAAGGAGAGGUCCCGGAUCCAGAGGGCCCCGCACACCCAGAGGUGGUCGAGGAGCGGCUAAGGCCGCAAUGGCAGCACUGUUAACUGCGGGGGGAGGGACACCUUCGUCCGACAUCAUCGGAUCCUUCGCGGAUCUGACAGCAGCGCAGGAGGCAGCAACGAAACAACUGCUGGAUGCAUUGCAGCAGCAACAGCAGGAGCUGCUAUUGCAGCAAAUGCCACAUUCUCCAACCGCAGCGGACAUGACACCGAAGCCUCGAGGCCGUGGCCGUGGUUCGAGGGGAGGCGGUACGCUAACGGGGAGCCGGCGGAAAGGGACACGCGGCAGUACCAAAGCAGCUAGGGGUCGAAAGGGCCUUAACUUGGAAGCGCAAAUGCUGCCCGGUACUGAAUCGAGUCCGGGUGCAAAUGUUUCUGGUGAAAUGAAACAUGCUAUCUUCAUGACACCGUUGGCGGGAGGUUUGGAUCCCAAUCGACCAAAGCUGCAUGUGCGUGCAUUAAAAACACCGAAAAAUGAAAUCAAAUCCAACACACCACCAUCCAGCGCUGAAGCUACACCAUCAACCAGUGCAACAACGUCGAGGACACCAGCAGUGGACGGUACCACCACCACCACUGGGCUUCAGGUGUUCGAAGAGGACACUCGCAUGAGCGGAGAUUUUACUUUCACCACACCCGUGCGUAUGCUUAGCACCGGCGACGGAUGUCUGCAGCAGAACGAAGAAUCGCAAAGUUCGUACCUGAGCAGCACCAGCGUUACGCAGGAUGCUAUCAACCAAUCGACGGCGCAUGCAACAGCACCGGAAGGCAAAGCGACGGUUUUGGGCACGGAAGCGCAGAAAGAUGCAAUUUCGGGUGCAACGUCUGCCAGUAAUAGCAAUAGCAGCAGCCGCAGGAAUAAAGGCAAAAUGGAAGUUCUCGAUUCCCAUCGGGCAAAGUUUACGGUGGAUCUGCUAGCAGAGUAUGAAUGGCCUCCCCCAACCCCUGGUACAAGGGGUGCCGAUACGUUUAUGAUCCAGGAGCAGAUUGCAGAAUAUUUGGGGGUGAAGAGCUUUAAGCGCAAGUAUCCGGACUUGAUGCGGCGUCCGGUCGAUAUGGAGGAGCGUAACUUUAUCUUGGAGCAGGGACUCGCUUCGGAGAAGAUGUGCGAUCUCGGACUGACCGCUGUGUACGCCUCCGAAAUAUUGGACAUUAUGUGCAGUGAUUAUCCGGAAAAAUAUGAAGAGUACACGCGUUACACGCGCGAAAAACAUUUCCGCGAGCUGAGUAACCGGCAGCGACAGCAGCAGGAAGCAGUAAGUGCAGUUGUCGCGGCCGCACCAAUCGAUCGCACCCAACUACAGAAGGAAAAGGCAAUCGAAUCGGCUGCCAAUUGGAACUGUAGCUUUAACAAAGAACGGCGAGAAUCCAGACGGGCAUGCAUGGAUUUACAAACGUAUGUGGUGCAGCUACCGAAACGGCAACAGCUAUCACGCCCGGAGGGUCAUCAGCAAACGGCACCGAAGGCACAAUCCACCAAUUAUCCCGUGGCACUUGUGCCCGGUCAGUUCAGCGAAUUUUACACUACUUACACUCCCGAAGAAUUGGCUUGCUACCCAAUAAACACGAUAUUGUUGGAUCCAUUUGAACUGCAGGAGAUUGUUUCGUCCGAGCGCUAUCGCAGGUUGGUAGCCGCCGAAGAGGCACGUCUACUCGAAGAUGAUAGCAGUACCAGCACCAGUGAUAGUGAUAGCGACGAUAGCAGCACCGACGGAAGUGACACAAGCAGCGGAAGCAGUAGCAGCAGCGAAGAUGAGGCCGAAGGGCGAAGUGCACGCGCAUCCGGUUCGUCCAGCAGUGGUUCGUCCUGCAGUGAUAGUGACUGUGGCGGAAAUGUGCGAAUAAGAAAACAACGCAACCGGCAGCUACGAGGAAGACGGCCCAGUGUGGCUGACGGGAGCGCAAAGGUUGGUGAAUCAUCUGCUACUGCUCCUAACCCCGUUACCGUCACUCCAGUGAGAAGGUCGAGUCGAACCAUGAGUGCUGGUAUGCCAGUGGCACCCUCGACGGUGGAAUGUAAAGAACCAACCGAUUCGGAUGACUCCGAUGUUCCACUAAUAGCGCAUGCUGUGAAGAAAAAAAAUAAUCUCGCCUCAGCAAACGCACAGACCGCCACCAUCGUUCCACCUUCUGCUGGUGGUGGCAAGCGGAUGCAGGAUAUCGUAACACCGGUGAAACGACCACCUGUAAAUCCGUUCAUGUGUGCCGUAUGCAUAGGUCCGGAGAACAAGAACAAGUACAACAAGCCGGAACUCUUUGUACGAUGCAGUCGUUGCCGUAGAAAAGCUCACCCGUCCUGUAUUGGUAUGUCGUCAGUGAUGUAUAGACGUGUGCAGCAGUACAAGUGGCAGUGCUCGGAGUGCAAAUUGUGCAUGAAAUGCAACCGGAGACCCACGGCGUUGGAUAGCAAAAUGGUUUACUGUGAUCAAUGUGACAGGGGUUACCAUUUAGCUUGUAAAGGACUUCGUAAUUUGCCCGAAGGACGAUGGCAUUGCAGCAUUUGUACCAUUUGCGGUUUGUGCGGUGCCCAGACACCGGAAGGACAUCCCAAUCCGCACCUUUCCGCACAACAGCGUCAACAGCUAGCCAUGGUUGCUGAAUGGACACACGAGUACGGGUUGAAUGAGCUAACGAACAUACGGGAACAUCUCCGCACGCUCUGUGUUCCUUGCGUGCGUCAACGGAAACAGUCGCAACCGCCAUCUGGUGGAAGUGGUGAAAGCACGGCAAUACUUAACAACAACAACAUCGCCGAACCUAGAAAACUUUUGUCGGCAACACAGGGAGUGAGCGGUAUAGGUACGGUUAGUAUCCCCGGUGUGAUUUCUAUGAAACCACAGUCAUCGUAAUCGUCGACGGUACGUAUUGUAGUGAUAGUCUUGAAGGUAAUGGCAUUCAAUUCUUCAAGGGAAGCACAUUUUAUUUAUCUCCAAACACUAUGUAAGGGCAAUGCGGAUGUAAGACAUAGUUACUGAGGUGUCCAAAUCUGUAGAGCACGACCCUGGUGUUUAAUUGUGAAUAGUUUCCCAUCCAUUAGGUAAAAUCAUAGGUGAACGAAGCAAUAGAACUGUACACAAGACAACCGGAGUGAAGUGAUGUUGUCAGAACAAUGGAAGGGCCAGGACGGAUAGGAGAACGAAUGCUUGGAACAAUUUAAACAGUUGCUUUUUUCUUUCUGUUCAUUUUAGCUGUGAGAUCAUGUAGAUGGAUCUUGGGGCAUUCUUUUUGUAAAACCGAAAAUUAAAACUAUGAAUGAAUUACAAUUUAGUUGUUGAGAGCUUUGUAAGUUGACAGCCACGCAUUUAUGGCCCGAUCAUAUUGCCAAAAUGCCCAGACAUUGAAAUACAAUACCGGUACAGUUUAUUCCCAUUAGCUCCUUCCAUUCUUCGACGAAACAGCUCAGAAUCUCCGCGCAAUACAUACAUUUCUCGUUUUUAUCCAAGUUAAAUAAGCAAAUCGAACGCUUCUUUUUAUGUGUACAUACGGAGGUGACAUAAAGGAAAAUUGUAGAAUUCCAUGUGCGAUGGAACGUGCUAGCCAACAUCUACUUCGUGGUUUUACCUAGCGUAAAUGUAUAAGCAUUUUGUUCGAUAAAGCAAGUAUAAAUUUUAUGUUUAGCGAAGUUAAAAGCAUCAUUAAUGUUUUGUUUUCAUCAGAGAAAAUAAUGUAAAAAAAAGUUAGUUCGUUAAUUAACUUUGGUUCUAGUGCUUAGUAUUAUUACUAUUAUUUUAUGUACAUUUGUGCAAGGUUAGAAUAAUGUUAUUACGUGCAUCAGAUUAUUCAACUAUUUGUAAGUGUCACUGUUUAUUUCAAAAUCAAUCCCUAGAAUAAUUGUAUCCAUUGAAGCAGUCGCAAUCGGCAGAAACUAACAUACAGAGCAUUCGAAUGUGGUGAAGCAAAUGCGGCAUUAACAUUAAGUUUAGAUUAAUUAUGUUUUAGUUUACACGACGAUUAUAGGAAUGGCCUUCCCAACAAAUACGUUACAUGCAGUGAAAGAUAGCAGUACAACACACAACAACUAUAAUCUGCUAUACUAAUUCUUGCUAAUCUCGUUGCUUGUAAGGUUCGUUAUAAGUGUACGAAGGUUGUUGUGUUAGUCGGGCAGCAAUGUUAGCCAUUGUCAAGCGCUGCUAUCAUCGCCAGCAUUACCAAUUGGAAUUUGUAGCAUGGAUUGGGGUUUAAGGUCAGAAAUGUAUGCACAAGUGGUAGCACUUGUCAACUUUUAAAUCAUCAAUAUCAACCAUAUUUCGCCUAUAAAGUGGCGUGGCGCAAUCAAGCCUCGUAAUCGAUCGUAAUUAUACAAGCGGCGGUACAACCAAGUGGACGGAUUCCAUCCCUCCUGUCACGCAUUGUACGAGCAUUUCUCUUUGCUACUUAUUGAAGACAAACCACUACCACGAACCCAGAACAAAAAAAAAACAUAUUGCGAGCUGGCAUUGAUUUGCUGGCAUAGAUGCUAGUUUCUGGGAAUCUCGCUACCAAUUUCAAAUGCAUACUUUAAGGAGCUGUAGGUAAAUAUUUUGCAAAUGAAAAAUUUAAACAUAUUAAAUUGUAUUCUGUGGCAGUGCGCUUUAUUCUAUUUUUAUAAAUUAGAAGCAUUGUGGCAUUACCAUAUAGAAAUUGGCGGACGGUCUUGUUAAACAUGCCACAAGCGUGGGAUCAAAUCUCGAUUGGAUCGGCGCCUCCUGUAGCAAGGACUGACUAAUCCCCGGCUAUGUGUAAUAAAUCGUACACCAACUAGCGCAGGAAUAACUAACAGUAAGUGGUGGUUGAAAGCCAAUCAUAGGAAUAAGAAUAUGUUAAUAGGAAAAAAGCAAUCGCUUGUUUGAAGCAGUGAAUGUACAUAUUCAAGCAAACCAGUCAAAAGAUACAUAUAUUCAGUAACAUUGUGAAGAGGCAGUUCUUUGGUGCAGUUUGGCUGAUCACCACUGCGUGAAGAAACAGGAAAACCGCGCAGGGCAAAAACAUAAUUUAUCAGCUAGAGUUUCUUAACGUAGGAUUAAAAUGGCUCAUUUCACCGGCUAUAUUCACUUGUUAAGAGUGCUGCUACUACGGUUCUUACGGUAAGGAACAGCGCAAAUAGUGUACUAUUUGAAAAGAGUACUAGCACUACGUAACAUUGGUUAAAAGAAGCAUCAUGCACACAGAUGGAAAGAUACGCAAUGAUAGCAUGUAACUUAUUUGCAUUCGCGCAUUAUAUUGACGAAUACAUUUUUUACAAAAAAUA